CAGCAGCAGAACAAGAACCUUCCUUCGGGAUCAACAGAUUCGUAAAAAAACUCUGUUGGAUUAAACUAAACGCUUCGAGGUCUGCUGCGAUUUUACAGGAUGACACGACUACGCUUGUUCCUGCGUUAAGCCGUAAUCCCCGAGGUCGUGAUGGAGUGAAGCCGUCCAGGUGUCAGGGGGGAUCGAGGGUCCUUUGUCGUAGUCCAGCAUGGACAGCUUCUUCAAGGCAGCUGUAUGUGACCUGGACAAACUCCUAGAUGACUUUGAGCUGAACUCUGAGGAGCCUGUUUUCCUGAAACCCCCUGCGUACCCGUUCUCCUCCCAGGGCUCCCAGUGUUUGUCUUCCGAGGCCCCUAGUGUCCCGGCCAGCCUCCCGGACCUCAGCUCUCUUCAUUAUGGUUCUACCAGCAGCAGUCACGACGAGGAGGUUGGAGAUAAGCCUCUCACCGGGGUGGACCUUCUCUCCUCUGUGGACCAUAGGCCGCAGAAAAGCUCCGCCCCUCCCUGCCCGGACAGAGCUCUGAAGCCUGUGUGCGACCUUGUGAGCGACACAAGCUCAGCCAUACUGGUCCGGACGAACAGCCACGAUGCUUUCAGGGAGCUGGACGUGGCUGAGAAGCAAAUGGAAGAGGAGGAGGAGGAGGAGGCGCUGCUAGUGGAUUUCAGCAGUUCUGUGGUUGUUGAGGAGGGAGCGGCCGUCAGUUUAAGUGCUCCGGAAGAUCGAACGCUGCUAGAUAGCGGAUACUCGUUGAGUCUGCUGGAUGUGAUUCUCCCUGCAGCUUUGGAGAGAAGCUGUGAGAGCUCGGAUGCGUCACACUCCAUGAAUACCUCCGAUGGAGGACAAACGGACGCUAAAGACGUGGUAAAAAACUCUGCGAGUCUGCAUGACCCGGAGCCUGUUGAAGGUAUCAAAGAAGUGACCUCUGAGAACGAAGAUAAAAAACCACAUGAAGGAGAGAAAUUCGAGUCCUCAGAUGACAAACCGGUUGACUUGCCAUCCCCAUCAAUAGCUGCAGCAGUGAGUGAGGCUCCAGUGGACUCAAAUAUCAUAGAAGAAAUGUCAGAAGAGGCUGCAGAUAUGUCAGAGAGACCUGAGGCAGACUCCCUGUCAGACCUGCAACCAAAGCAAGACAAUGGAGGAUUUCUAGAGGACGCUGGUGACCAGAUUUCAGAGGCUAGACUGUCUGCAGAAGGACAGCACGUCUCUGUUGAGCCUGCAGACCUUUCAUCCUCCAACCCCUCAGAGCCCAGCCCGGUGGAUGCCCUCGAGUUCGGUUUCGAGUAUCUUCCAGAGAGCGAUCAGGCCGAGAUGCUGGUGACGGACGAGGAGUUGGACGCGUUCCUGAGGAGGCACGUUGAAGCGGACCAGCGCGCCGGUGGAGAUUAUGCUCAACCAGAGUCUCUCGCUGAGUCAGAUGAGGUCGUGGAGGAGCGGGAGCCAAGGACCUGUGGUGCGCAGGGACGGGAAGAUCUGGAGCGUCUGGCUUCUCCUGAAAGUGACAGAACUAUUUGUGUGUCUGUUGAGGGAAGUUUUAAUCCCAGUUCUCCAGCUGGAACACGUGACUCCGGCGCACCAUACCAGGAAGAUGCCUCUGAGGUGAGCUGUUCUGUAACCAGCAACGCUUCUCAGUCCCAGCAGAGCAGUAGCCCUGAUCAGCAGCCCUCCUAUGGAGGUGCAAGACCUAAACAGCCAAACUGCCAAAGACCUCCACCAGCAGGAGGAGAAAGAGGAGGAGAAGGAGAAGAAGAAGAGAGGGAACAGACUGAGGGGCUCAGCCCUGAUCCUGAAGAUGAGGAGAGUUCAGCCACAAGUCCAGCAGAGGAGCAUUGCAGCUUCAGGAGUUCCAAUCAGGAGUACCAGGACUUAGGGGACUACUCUGUGGGGUACGACGAGCUUUCCGAGCCACCGCCGUAUCCCGAGGAGCUCCCUGCAGAUGCUGCCAGCUCAGAGAACUGGCAGAAAGAGGGUGUGGAGGAGCUGGGGAGCAGACAACCGGAGUGGGUUCCCGACGCCGAAGCUCCUAACUGUAUGAAAUGCUCCCAGAAGUUCACAUUCACCAAGAGGCGGCAUCACUGCCGCGCCUGCGGGAAGGUGUACUGCGCCAUGUGCUGCAACAGGAGGUGUAAGCUGAAAUACCUGGACAAGGAGGCUCGAGUGUGUGUCCUCUGCUUUGAGAGCAUACGCAGAGCUCAGGCCCUGGAGCGGAUGAUGAGUCCUACGGGUCCCAGCCCAAACCCCAACGUCCCUUCUGAGUACUGCAGCACCAUCCCUCCUCUGCAGCAGGCUCAGGCUGCUGGCACGCUCAACUCCCCCCCUCCCACGGUCAUGGUGCCUGUGUCUGUCCUGAAACACCCGAGCAACGAUGGUUGUCCCCGUGAGCAGAAGCGAGUCUGGUUUGCUGACGGAAUCCUGCCCAAUGGAGAGGUGGCAGACACCACCCGGCUGUCAGUGACCAGCCGCAGGAGCUCCCAGGAGUUCAGUCCGGACCAGACGACACCUGGCUCAGAUGGUUCGGAGGAAGCGGUCGGUUCCUCAACUGCUCCCGAAGCCUCUGAAGCUGUGGACAUGGUCCGACCUCUGGUGUCCGGACCCUGGGAUUACUCGCUGCUCUCUGGAAUCGGAUCUUCUGUGAGGAGUGUUCCCAGUCUGCUGCCAGACAAUGAAGACGAGCUGCCGCCAUUGCUCAUCGCCACUGGAGAGGACGAAGGAGGAGAUGUUUUAGUUGAAGAAAGUCCAGCUCCCUGCCAGAUCCUGCACCUGCUGGAGGAGGGAGGACCUCGUCCUCUGACGUUUGCUCUGAACGCCAACCUGCUUGUGAAUGUCAAACUGGUUACAUACUCCGGGAAGCAGUGCUGGUGCUUCGGAUCCAACGGGCUGCAGGCUCUGGGACAGAGGGAGGUGGUGUUUCUGUUGGAGUGUUUACCAGAAGAAAAAACUCUUCCACGGGACCUUUUCUCUCUCUAUCUCAACAUUUACCAAGAUGCCCAAAAAGGAAAGUUUGUGGAGAAUCUGGAUAACGUGACCUUCACCAGCAGCUUCAUGGGCAGUAAGGAUCAUGCAGGGAUCCUCUUCUUCUCCCCCACCUGCCAGCCUCUGGACGGCCUCGCCAUCCCCCCACCGCCGUUCCUGUUCGGCCUCCUCGUGCAGAAACUGGAGGUACCCUGGGCCAAGGUCUUCCCUCUCAGGCUGCUUCUGCGGCUCGGAGCUGAGUAUGCCGUGUAUCCCACUACGCUAACAAGCAUCCGUUUCAGGGAAUCAGUGUAUCGGGAAACAGGACACACCAUCAUGAAUUUACUGGCUGAUCUUAGGAACUACCAGUACAGCCUGUCGGUGGUGAAGGGACUGAGGAUCCACAUGGAGAUGGGCCACAGCUACAUCGACAUCCCUAAAAGCAGCUUCAGUGAGAUGCAGAAAGUGGUGAACGCAUCCAACGAGCACGUCAUCAGCAUCGGGGCGACGUUCAGCUCGGCGGCCGACUCUCACCUGGUGUGUUUCCAGAACGAGGAGGGAAAUUAUCAGACACAGGCCAACAGCAUGCCGGGGAAGACUCGCACAGUGACCGGCGCCAGUUUCGUGGUGUUUAAUGGAGCCCUGAAAGCUUCGUCGGGGUUCAUCGCCAAGUCUAGCAUCGUUGAAGAUGGGUUAAUGGUUCAGAUCCCUCCAGAAACCAUGGAGGCUCUGCGCUCUGCCUUCAGGGACCAGACGGACUUCCACAUACCCUGCGGCAAGAACGACGGCGGAGAGAUCCGAGAAAAUGUCACGGUCCGCUGGGUGGACUGGACUUCACCCGUCAAUACUGGCAGAACCAGCGGGGUUGAUGGCAGACCUCUAGAUGGCGUUCACAGCGUUGGGAUGCAGCAGGACGCAGAAUUUGAGUUGGACGGUCGCACCAUCAGAUGCACAGAGGUGUUCUACCAGCUGAAGUCUGCUGACUGCAGCCUGCCGUCGGUGCUGUCGUCCUGCAGCGUCUUUCAGAAGGAGAUUGCUUUGGCGACCUGCAGUGCUCUGACUCCUCGCCUCGCCGUUCUCGCCUCCAGCGGCAUCAACUCGCUCUCGCUUCGUAUCUCCACGCAGGCUGACAUGGUGGAGUACCAGGCCGGUUCUGGAGGCAGGCUCCUCCCCCAGCGCUACAUGAAUGAAAUGGAUGGCGCUCUGAUUCCAGUCAUCCACGGAGGUAGCACUAGCGUUCCACAGACUGCCAUGGACAUGGAGUUCGUCUUCUACAUCACACACGCCAUCUAACCAAUACACGCUCAAAUUCCUGUGACGUUAACGGUCCUCUGGAGAGGGAGUGGCUAAGCAGCCCUCUCGCUCCCUCUCUGAGGUUGGUUCUCUGGCUACCGACGGUGUGCCGUUCUCACCAAAGCUGCUUUAAUACUUCAAGCCAAACACUAAACACGGAACAUGACAACACGUAGCCAGACUGUUCCGCCUUCCAGGCUCCGCCGGAGCUCCUCUGUGAAUGUUUCCCACAGAUGCUCUAACCAAGUGUCAUAUCUGGAUGUAUUUAUUAUAUUUUCUUAUGGGCUCACCGACUGAACGCAGCAGGAAGUGUUCGGGUGCUCCUCACACACUCCUGACAUGGAUUUGUUCAUUGCAAGGAUGGAAAGUAAAACAUCUUAUUUCCUCUGAUUUUGAACAAAGUUUCUUGCAUGAACACAUGGAGCCUCAUGCAGGAGCGUUUUUGUUCCAUCACCGCCAGAACCUGUGGCUGACGAGGUCAUCGAUGCUCUCAGAUGCCGCCUGUUCAUCUUCUUAGACAAAAAACAUUCAUUAACAUCCCCGUUACUGUGCAUUCACACCGAAGCUUCAAAAUUGCCUGUGGUCGCUCAGUACGCUUGCAUCGCACCGCUGGCUGACGCCAGCAGAAGCUUGCAGCGGGGGGGGCUUUCAAGUUGCGCUGCAGAACUGGAGGGAAAAAAGUGUAUAUAGCCUACAUAUUUUUAUAUAUAUGUAUAUAUAUAUAUAUAUAUAUAUAUAUUGGAGCAGUAGUGAAUUUGGUCAUAUUAUUUAAACUGUGUUUUGUGAUUAAUACACACUGUUUUUAAUGAUUUUGCGUUGGAUCGAUGUAGCAAAAUAAAAUUGUUCAGACCAAACAGCUCCUCAACCAUCAGUUUCGUGUUUCACAUGAGCAGAGAAACCUAAAAACAACAGUCAAAUCAGCAAAAAUGCUUGUUUGCUAGAUGUAAUAGAUUAAUUCCUGAUAAAAAAAAAAGUUUAUAUGUGCACAGCUAUAUGCAUGUGAAUGAGUGUAGUUGAAGUUUGUGUGUAGACGAAAGUACAAUGUGCAUUGAGGCUUCUUGCUUUGGGAAUCCCAGUCUGUGAUUGGACGCUGCCUCGGCGUCGCUACUGCAUAAAGUUGAAAUUCUCCCAACUUCAAAUUGACCCUCUGGACGCCUCCAUCGCACCACUGCCGCCGAAGCUCCUCCCGCCUUUUCUAGCAAGCGAUCAUUGAAAACGAAUGGCAGCCGGCUGCUUAUGAUGCUUUCGGUGUGAAUGCAAGGGUAAAGUUGGCCACCAGGUGCAGAGCCAUUUCUAACGGCUAGACAACUAUGCAGCUGGACGCCAGAGCCUCAACGUUCGCGUCCACAUCCGGUUUUUAAGGACCCAUAACUCGAAAUAUUUAAGUACUUUGUUGUGAAACGCUUUAAUUACACCUCGUGCACCAUCUAUCUACACUCCCUAAUCCACCACUUUAUAGUUGCAAAAGGGGAUUUAUUUUUUAUUUAUUGUUCUGACCUGCACAAAUUUGUGGGUUUAUAAAGUCAGAAGUUCUGAACUUAUGCGCUCCGAAAUUCAGAGUUGUCACUUGCAAAGUGGCCAUGUAAAAGUUUAAGGAUGAUUUUUUUUUUGCAAAUAGAUUUUAAAUUUUUCUCACAAAUUUGAGUUUAGACGGUUUUCUGUCUAAAUGAAGUCAAGAAUUUAGAAUUUUCUCAUAAAUUUGGAACUUUUAAGUCAGAAAUUCUGAAGCUAAGAAAUUUAGUUCAGUAAUUUUUUUUCGAAUAUGAGUUUUUAAUUUGGAAAUCCAGAAUUUUCAUUGAAAUGCAAGUUUUGAAGUUUGAUGCUCCUGCGCUGCUCUCAUGCGCCGUUAGCUCAGCUUGAAGUUGAACGUCAACACUGCAGUGAUUUAUAAAUUCAGACAUUUCUUUAAAGCCACUGCAUUUAGCAACACCACUCCUGACCACACGGGGGCGGGGGGGCUGUGCCUCGGAGGAACAGAUGGGCGCUCCAGUCAGUUGCGGGAUUCAUCCUCCAGUUACGCUACAGCCGAGUCCACUCGUCUCCUGCUGAACACUUGCUCCUGAGGUCCUGCUGUUAACAAACAACAGAAGGUCAAAAAUAUCCCUCUUUUGAUGAGAAAACGUGACCAGAGGAAGAAAAGCGUCCGGUUCGAUCUGAUGGUUCUCUCUCCUGCUGCAGCACUUGGCCUUUCUGGCUCACGGCACAACAAAUUAGCCGUUAUCCAGUCAGCUCGCACUGCAAUAUGCACUUCAAACUAAAAAUUCUUAGAUUUUCACAACAAACAAUGCUGACACGACUUUAGUUUGAAUGUUUAUUUCCUACAUGAGGCUCACUGUGUCACGAACACGGGUUUCCAUCGUUGUCCAACUCAAACUGUGAUCUUUUCUCUUGUGAUAAAUGUGCUUCAAACGGGGGGAUGAUGAAACCACGUCCUACUUCCAGAGCGAACGGACCCUCUCCAGGCGGCCAGCGAUAUCCCUAACAAAGCGAAACCUCAUCGAAGUGGACGCAGCCUUAAGUUCACGAAGACACCGACAUCCUUAUCUUCAGAUCAAACAAAGCUGCUUAUGUCUCUCCUCUAAAACGUCAGGACUUAGUCUGGUUCUUUCGUAUUUGAUCUUAAUUUCCAGGAGGUGAAAGAAACUGCUGCAUCUGGGAGACACGUGUGACGUAGGCUACAGCAGACGAGCAUCAACAGAAGACAAAUGUCCUAAGUGGAGCAGGGGGGUAUUCCAGAAAGUGGGUUUUGUGAAAACUCUGAGUUUGCUAACCCUGAGAUGAGGGAAACCCGGAGGUUUCAGUUCCAGACGGCGAUGUAACUCAAACUCUGAGUCAGUUACUACGGCAACUGAGCCUCUGAACCUAACCUGCUCGCUAGCAGGUUUUCUUCAAUAAACCCAAUAAACUAAGUUUCUCUCUGUCUCCUCCCUCAGUGGCGUCAAUUCAGCCAAAGGGUCUUUACGCAAUACGCAUCCGUUUUCUGCACCACGGACAGCAAGCGGCAGAGUUAGAGAGCAGAAAAAGCAUAUUUGACGCAAUUUAACUCAUUCGGUUCACUUUAUUCACUAUGUCAGUGCAACAAUAUCACAGGGACAUCCAAGUUUAACUUCAAACAGUUAGAGUCCAAAUGCAAAAAGGAGAGGGAGGAGCAAAAGAGAGAGAGAGAGUAAAAAAAAAAGUCAAAUAUUUCAAUAUUUCCCUUAAACAGAUUUAUAAGAGGGUAGGGUGAUUUGAUGUCUUACCUUAAAAUGAACUUGCAUAAUUAAUCCAUCAGUGGCUACCAGCCUCGUUAAUAUCUGCUGCUGCUGGGGCAACAUUGGACCCAUCACUUGCCUUCUUUCUUUUUUUUUUUUUAAAUUGCGUGGUUGUCUGUUUCCUUUUCAUUUUUGUAAGUUAGUAACACUGCAGAGCACGCUAAAAACGAGAUUGAUAGCGACGACUGUCGUCAGGGACGCUGGGACAUCACAUUUCAAGAUAUGAGGGGGGUACAAGUGUUGGGAAAGAUAAUACCUAGUGAAAUCCAUCAUGUUGUUCUGAUAUGCAUUUGUAGUUAUUUUAUAUGUAUUAAGUAAUAGAAUGAAUCAAUACAAUUAGACACAGAGUAAUUCCAUAAAUGUAUUAAAAAAAAGCAAAAAACAUUUACAUUUUCCCCUGAAGCCAAGGUGUGGCGGCUGCCAAACCUUGCCAUACCCAAUUGACGUCCCUGAUCUGACAGUGUGCUUAAAUGUUAAAUGAAUACUGCAUUCAAACUUACACAUUGACUGCAGCAACUUUCUCCCACGCCAAUUGUCUCUCCUUUGCUGCUGCAGGUGUGUUGCUUUUUUUCCAAAAUAUGUUCUCAUACUCACCAUACGCACGUAUUAACACUUCUAACUCCAGUGGCGUGAAGUAUGUGGAUCUUUUGUUGUCGCCGGUUGCCAUGGUGAAUCGUUGUAUCAGGGCUCCAUUGACGAUGGCUUUUUAUUUUCUUCAUGCACGUGCUUAACUCAAGGUUAACAAACUCAGAGUUGAUUGAACUAACUCAUACCUGCUGUUCUGGAACCGAAAACUCAGAGUUUCCUAUCUCAGGGUAAGUUAACUCAGAGUUCAGGUUUAGACUCAGAGUUUGUUGAACCUGCUUCCUGGAAUACCCCUCAGGACACUGGUGGACGGCUGUUGUUGGUUUUAAAGUAAAGACUUAUUGAUCCAAGGUGUUAGUGAUUCAGAGGCCAUGUUGGUUGUUCUGAAUACUCUUAAAUGCUCAUCACAUGAGGCCCCCGCCACAUAGCGAUUGGUUUGGUUGAGUCCGUUCCGGGGAAAUGGUUGUGAUUGUGAGCGUUUAACCGAGAAGUCGAGCAGCAUUACAACACAACGCCUCUCUGAGAUUCUCACCUUUAACGGCUUGUUAUCUUUUAAACUCCUGAGUUCAGAUGUGACGGGUAAGUUAUUGAAUCAGGCCGACAUUUUCUGGGAAAAGAAUAAAGAAACUGUAAUUGUCUGUUCUUCGGUCGGGGGCAUAGACACUGAAAUUUAAAUAUCAGCUGAGUUGUGGGCGGAGCCUGAGCUGACCAAUCAGAGCAGAUGCUGAGUGCUCCAGCUCUGCUGUCUCAUGGGGACUCUCCGAAGAUUGGAGCGCGGAGACGAAGCAUCUGUGCUUGAGGUAUCCGUGUAUGAGCUCCGUCAUCCAGGUCCGGCUCCAGUUCCUCCUGUUUCAGGUCAAAUUCCGCAUCACGUCCCGUCCAACCUGUCAGCUGACUGUGUCCACAUGUGUAGGAAAAUAUGCCGAGAUUGUGUCAAAGUUCUUUUUGUAAGGAUUGUGAAUUGUUAUUUUUUUAAAUCGUUGAUAUAAAAGUAAAAAAAAAAAAAAAAAAAAAAACCCAGAAGAGUCAAUAUUUUUGAUAGGAAGCUGACAAAAAAAGAAUGGAUUUAAUUUCAGGAGUAAAAUGUUGUAAAAAUUCUUUAGUUCGCAGACAGCAGCUCGGACCUCAACGUCAACGAAUGGCGGCGGUUCACGCCUCUGUGUCAACGCGUCCAUGAGACGCUUGACGUCCACAGUUGAUCAACAAAGGUCUGUUUGAAUGACGGAAUAACAACAUUAGAGGUUUCUAAAGGUAUAAAACAUGUGGUCCGUCACUGAACAUGUCGACCAGCUGGGUUUCAGUUAGUUGUGUUCAGGAUCAACCGGAACAUCCGACCAUUCUAAUCUGAAGUUGUGCCGGCGGCGUGACGGUUCCACAUUCUGCUUCUCCAGACUUUCAAAGGCUCCGAGCCAACUACAACCGUCGUUAUCCUGGUCUUCAGAGCACCUGGUUUUAUUUUAAAACAACUUUGAGUUCAGAUGAGCCUUAUUUGCAUAUGUCCUCCAGGUGCAGAUCAAUCCCGCCCCCCCAUCUGUCUCCACUUGGGGCCACCCCCACCUUGGAUGUGAUGCAAACAUCUUUCAGCUGCCUCUGGUACCAUGACAAGCUGACUGGCAGUAAAGUGUCUGGUUUACCUAACUAAUGACAGCAGAGUGAGUGGGGAGCAGGGGCGAAGAUGAACGGGUGGCCUCACUGGAGCGCACAGACUUUCAGUUCACAAAGUAAAACCACUAUCUGGUGGUUCAGAGCUGCAGAAUCCGGGACCCCUGGAAAGACAGAGCAAGCAUUAGCUUACGAACAAAAAUGCUUCUCAUGCUUGGAAACUUGCCCGAGAUGGACCUGAGAUCCUCCGACAUCUCGGCAGGUCAUUUCAUAAAACCUGUUUGAGUUCACUCUCUCGUCCAGAUGCUCGUCUCCCACUCCUCUCUGCGUGUUUAAUGAUUUAUUUGGGCAGGUUUUGGUCGCGGCCUGCAGCGAAGCUAUGAUGAAACGGCCGAGCGCUCGAAUGUAUCGAUCAGAGUUCAGCGUCGCUGCUGAACUUUGGAGCGACAAUGAGGCUGUUUUGCAUGUCCUUUAUCAGGUCAGGAACACUUCUGGGGGGCUAAAUAUUCAUGAGUGAUGAAUAACUUCUGUCUCAGUUGAUUUAUCAGCUUUUCACUGCAUUUAUUUGAAGUUAAACAUAGUUUAUGCUCUUUGUCUUAUUUAUUCAUAACACCAGCUUUAUUUUGGCGACCCGGGGUCUGAAUAACUUGUGUAUUUAAAUAAUAAAGUUACUUUUAUGAUCCUGUA